UGUAUGAUUCCUCCACCACAAGGAUUGCUGUUACUCCAUGUGGAGGGCUUCUCUUGGUCAGAUGCUACAACAACAACAGCUUCUACGUUUACAGGAUGAACCAUGACACCAAAUUAUGGGAUGUUAUGGCUUCGUUGGGCGACCAGGCUUUGAUCUUCGACCUUGGAAUCACUCUGCCCGCCAAAGAUGUUCCAGGAAUCAAGCCAGACUCCAUCUAUUUUAGUGGUCCUGGUUGUGGAACUAAAUAUAUAUCUAUCUUCAAUCUAGCUACGCGCAAGGUCGAACCGUUUGUGCCUUCUUCAACUAGGAAGUUCUUUGAUGCUCGGUGGUUCAUCCCAAAUGUGUGAUGUAGAAUGUGUUGCAAGUUUGGGUGAGACUCUUAUUAUAUUUUUCCUUUCGAUUGCAAAUUGUGAAAUGUUGGUCUGGGAAACAUCUCCCAACCGGUUUGAUCAAUAUCCUUGCAUUGAAAAUUAUAAAUCUUGCUCACAGUAUAUUUUAUUAUUCAUUAACCAAGGCAGCAAAAGAGGGUCUUACUAGUCAUAGAAAGGUUCAAAUGUGCAGUUCCAGCUUGUUUAACUUUUUUUUUGUUUGAUUUGUGUUGCCAGUUUAAUCAGUGCUUUGUUAUCUGCUAUGUUGUAUCCAUCCAUUAGGAGAAGAGCUUAAUGCCCACAUUCCAGAAUCUUUAAAAAUUUUAGGAACAAGUGUACAGAUAUUCUUCUGACUUAUCUAAGUUGUAUCUUUAGACACGAAGAAGCUAUUCUUGCUAUUGCUAGGCAAAUGAUGUGACCAAUUUUCUCAUGUCGGCAAGUACAAAUGAAUCAUUUACCAAUGUCUUGAUUGCAUUAUGUUUCAGGUUCUAUGUGCUCUCAUGAGUACAUUGAACGGUUUUGUGGACUUUUUUGCAGUUCAUUGUCACUUUAUUAAGCUCAAGCCACAGUUCGUAAACCGCAGAGUGCCAAGCAAGGAGAGCUAACAAUUGCUGACUCUUACACCUGUUUGGAAACAAUCAAAGACCUCUCAAUGCCAACUCCAAUGGCUUAUGCUCUCUUGGGAUUUUCUCUAACUGCUUACAGUCCAAAUUAACUUAUCUCUUUUAUCACUUAUUCUUUUUCUCAUCUCCCUUCUCGAGAAAACAUGAACCAGAAAGCUGAUUCCUUUCUCUCUAUUUCCUCAGUUACAUCUUUAUCUAACUUUCCAACAGACAAUAGCUUUGAUCUGAAAGCCAAGAUCAGUCCCACCGCAAUUUAUGCUAUCACUCUCAUUUCUGUCAUCUUCUUUGUCUCUGCUUUGCUUCACCUUCUCGUCAGAUUCUUACUCAGAUCCCGAACCCGACUUAACGACGCCUACGAAGAGACUGCGAGUGCGAUGGAUAUGCAAGGUCAAGUUCAGACAAUGUUCAAUCUCCAUGACACAGGAGUUGACCAAUCAUUUAUCGAUGCAUUGCCUUUGUUUCAUUACAAGAAAAUAAUUGGUCUCAGACACGACGUCCCCUUUGAUUGUCCCGUCUGUCUCUGCGAGUUCAAACCCGAAGACGAGCUCCGGCUUCUGCCCAAAUGCAGCCACGCAUUCCACGUGGGAUGCAUCGACACGUGGCUCCUCACAAACUCAAUCUGUCCUCUCUGCAGAGACAACCUCGUCCUCAGCGUCACCGCUUUGUCCUCCCCUGUUUUUCUUCUGCUUGAAUCUGAUGGUGAGAGUUUCCAAGACUCCGGUUCGCAUCUCGGGUCAAUUAUCCAUUUCGAUGACGUCGGUUUGAAAGCAUCUGACAUCUCGGUUGAACACGAUGAAUGCAAGCCGGAGAAUGAUGAAAGAGUUGUUCUUGUUUAGCUAGGCAAGUUAUAGAACAUUGAUGCUAGUAAAGUUGUUUAUGAAAUCGAACCCAAAAUUCAAUAAAUUAUUAAGGAAGAAAAAGUAGUAUAGUUUUGUUUUGUAAUAUUAUUCGUUAAAUUGAAACAGAGGACAAGA